AUGAAGCUCUCUGGUCUCGUCGGUAUUGCCAUCUUGGCGCAAAGCGCGUCCGCUCACUACAUCUGGAACACCUUGAUUGCUGGAAGCACCACCUCCAGCGCGGCCGUUCGUCAACCCAUCAACAACUCCCCCGUCACUUCUGUUACGUCGAACGACGUCCGAUGCAAUGUAUCUCCCGGAGCUGCGUCGCAAACUGUUUCGGUUUCUGCCGGCAGUACUAUCGGCUUCAAACUCGACAACACUCUCUACCACCAAGGACCCGCUGCUAUCUACCUCGGCAAGGCUCCUGGAUCUGUCGCUAGCUGGGAUGGCAGUGGUGCUAACUGGUUCAAGAUCGCUGAAUGGGGUGCCACCUUCAACCCAUUCACUUUCACCGACUUCAACCUUGCUCAACUUACGACCACUAUCCCAUCGAACACUCCUUCUGGAGAGUACCUGGUGCGCAUUGAGCAAAUUGGUCUCCAUGUUGCUGGUGCACCUCAAUGGUAUAUUUCCUGCGCUCAAAUCAACAUCACUGGCGGUGGGUCUGGCAACCCUUCCAAGGUCUCCAUUCCCGGAUAUGUCUCUGCAUCCGACCCAGGAUUGACUGUCAACAUCUACAACCCCGUCCCGACCUCAUACACCGUCCCCGGACCGAGGCCCUGGCGCGGAUGA